ACACCGCGAUGAGCGCUUUGUUUUGGUUUAGUGUGCGCAUGGAUGCAGCGUAGAAAUGGAGUGUCUUAAUGUAUCUCUCGGUCCUUAUUUCGGUGGGUCACUUGGCACAUUCUCUACAACCUGGCGUUGCGGGGAGGCUGUUCAAGAAAGUUCCUGACGUAGUACCUGGCGGGCGCUGGUCGCUUGCCAAGAAGACGACACUCCUUUCGACGUCGACGGGUUUUUACAUUUGUGCUUCCUUCCUCGCGCUGUGCCUUCCUCUCGCGUUGGUUCGCUCAAUAGCCGUCGUUUAGGCUUUCUUUUGUCAUGGGCCAGCAACACAGCGUUUUCACGGAGGAAGAGCUCGACGAUUAUCAGGAUCUGACUUUUUUCACCAAGAGCGAGAUAAUCGUAGCGUACGAGAGGUUCAAGCAGCUGGCGCCAGAGGUGGUGUCCAAGGACCGAAAUGCCAAACUGCCGAUGGACAAAAUCCUCAACAUGCCAGAGCUGGGAGUGAACCCCUUCCGAGACCGGAUAUGCAAGGUCUUCUCAUCAAGCAACGAUGGCCACAUGACCUUCGAGGACUUCCUGGACAUGAUGUCGGUCUUCAGCGACAAGGCGCCGCGGAGCGUGAAGACAGAAUAUGCUUUCCAGAUAUUCGACUUCAAUGAGGAUGACAUGAUAUCUACUGAGGACCUGAAGCAAGUCAUCGGCCGACUGACGCAGAGAGGCGGACAGGUGUUCGCAGACUACGAAGUCAAACAGCUGGUCGAAAAUAUUCUCAAGGAAUCCGAUCUGGAUGAAGACAGGCUCCUAGCAUUUGCAGAGUUUGAACACGCCAUCUCAAAAGCACCUGACUUCAUGAACUCAUUCAGGAUCAACCUGUGAAUGGAGUUGCGGCCGUCGUGAGGAGGAGCAACUUGCAGAGCUUACGACGGAGUAUUUCAUCAAACUGCCAAAGAAUUUCUUUUGGGGACAUCGUAUUUUCUUGUGGCAUUUAACUUCCAUCGGUACUCCUAAAAUGUUCCUCAUUUGGGCAUUUUCAGCUUUCUCAAUUGUGGAGGCCGUGUUGCUCAUUUUUAGAGCAGAUUCAUUUACACUUGCACAGCAUGGGCAGUUUGAUGGUGUGUAAAAAGCACUUGUUCGACCUGGAAGUUGUCAAACUUUGCCUUUCACAAUUUUAUCUUAUCUUGAGUGCACGUGGAAGCAGUAGUAGCAGACCUUACAAACUGUUGCAGAUUUUCCAGCGACCGAUUGUUGAGAUAAGUGCUUCUUCAACUGUUGGUGACAUCAAGCUUGUUGAAGUCAAUGUUUGUAGAGUUAUCUGAAGUGUGCGAUUGUGUCACAUGUCAGCAUAGCAUGCAGGCUGUCUUAGCAAAAAUGUAGUGUUGUCUCCCAUGUUCGAGCCGGUCUCUGAAUAGAGCGCAAACUCAGACUAUGAUUAACUAAUCUUGUGACGCUGCUAUGAGGGCUUGUUUAGACUUGUCUGUGUUUAAGCAUGUUUUGUGUCUUGUUUUGAACAUUUUCCAACCCUACCACAUUACUUCCAUGGAACCACUCGGAGAAGAAGCGACCUUCUUUGGAGGCUUUCAUAAAAGAUGAUGUGGUGGAAUUCAUCUGCUGUUAAAUUUCCGAUGUAAGGAACUCAAAACGUUGCUUUUAUCAUGGUACUUUAGAUCUGCGAUGGCAGCCAAAAAUUGAAGCUGGCUGAAAACAGUCUCAUCCUCCAGACAGGGUAAAUUCCGUGUCAGUGUGAGGAGUCAUUACAAAUUUUAAUGCCAUGCCUACCAUAAAGUACUAGCGCACAGCUGUGAUUAAAUAUGUGCCUGCGUGCGGCUGAAUGUUUGAAUCUUCGGCCACAACCAUUGCUCACAAGUUAGCUGUAUUUACGACUGCCUUUUUAAUGCUAGCUUUGGUGUUCCCGGCUAAGAGCUUCUUUUGUUUUCGUCACGCCUUAAGGUGACAUUUUGUAGAAAGGAUAGAAGCAAAAACGACAUUAGUUGUCGCCUCAAUUAGUGGUCUGUCAAGUUAUAUCUAAUUGUGGCCAUCAUAGCUGCGUCUAUGACUGCUCGCGCAUUUCUUUACUAUAUUGUUUGUUAUGUAGUACAAAUCACAUUUAGCAGCAGACUUUCUGUGGAGUGGUUGUGAUGAUAACACAUGUUGUUCAUAUGCACUUUUAAAGUUUGUAUAAAAAAUUUGUUUUGUUGACAGCUGGGUAUCUGCGUAAUGAUAGUUACUCAAUCGUUAAUCAUAUAGUGUUUCCAGUGCUCUGCUUUGCUGUUUAUUGACUAUUUGUUUUAUGAUGACUGUAUAGUUUGGCACAGUGUUCUUUUAAAAAGUGCCUUCAUACUUAAACUGUGCUGCAGAGUAUCGCAAGAUAUUUCAGUUUAUGAGUGCAAUCUCAAGCCCAUGUAUUUGUGAUAAUGCAUUCUUGUACCAUGAAAAGUAUAUAUUUAAAAGUGUACAACUCAUAUGUUUCAAGCAUAUUAAUAGCUAGAGUUCCAAGUGGAGUUUCACAUUUGAUUUCAAUGCGAGUAGCAUCAGUGUGUCUCGAGACUCAUUUGUGUAUGUGAGGUAAUGAAAACAAAAUUGCCUGUAGCUUUGUGGUAACAAAAAUUUUGCAUAUAAUGAAAUACAUAUAAAAAAUCUUCAUUUUCAUUAGUACAGUGUUCAAAGUGGUAGUUUUUCAUUUGUGAAAAAUUUAACAGCAUUGAGAAAUGUUCGGCUUAAAGUGAUCACAGCUUCGUCUUUUACCAUAAGUUGCAAGUUCUGGUUGAAGCUUGCCAAAACAAUUCAAAUAACCAGCUAUUAUAUUCAGAUGUCUUUUCGAACUGUUGUAAAGAGUGAAAUGCAAAUAUUAACUUUGUAUCUGAAAGGUAUGCAAGGUGUAUGUACUCUCCUAUACAGGAGUACAUAUUUUUGGGCAGUUGGUCUGACACUGAUAAUGGGACUGCAGCAAUUAAAGCGACUUAUACAUAGAUAGGAAAGGAUGGUGCGUUAGUUGAAAGUUAGUGCACCAUCAACUUGGCUUUAAAUACAGUUGAAAGUCGCUCAUGCACUAUGAUUCCAGAUGUAUGUACAGCCACAUCACUGUGAAAGUUUUUUGCAAUACAUCCGAGAUUGACAUUUUUUCAGAUGUUGAGACUGUUUCAAGCACUGUUCGGGUAUUAUGUUAUGCUUAUUUAUUACCAAUAGUUAUGGCAUCAUCUUCCUUCGCUGACUGUCACUGAAUGGAACACACUGUGGACUUUUGUGUCAUAUCGCUUCAGUAUUCUCAGAGUGCUUUCCUAGCCAAAGUGUUUACAUGAAUAUGCAAAUUCUUGAGCAUUGUUUUGGUGUUUUGUGCAUAACAAAAGCACUGUCAUCAUCUCGUGAUUGAAAUCUAAUCUACUGGACCAGAAAAAGAAAUCGGAAUGUAAAAUGUCAAGCAAGACAAGAAGCUCACAAAGGAGUCGUGCAUUUCAAUUUUACAAUACGCCUUUUAUCGUGUAUAAUAGACAGGUUAAUAACAACAUGUGCAUCGGGGGAAAAAAUCCGAUGCAUAAAGGUAAUACACACAUUCUCAAAGCGACACAUGGUAACUGCCAUAUAUGUAUGUAUGCCCAACAAUAAAGGUACAAUUUUCUUUUCUAA